AUGGCGGAUGAUGUUAUGAGUUACGAUAGUAAGUGUGACGAAAUUCAAGUGUAUGGGGAACAAGAAUUAUGUGUCGUACAAAGUGGCGAGUAUGGAAAUAAUGGGUCUACGCCGAAAAAGGUCGAUAAGAGGCCGCGGGAGACCGAAGACAGUAGUGAGGAUGGAUUUACAACGGUGGCGAGAAGAAAAUCAAAGAGACAUAUUAGAACUGAGUCUUAUGAAAACGACAGGUCAUUCAGUGAAAAUAACGAAAACAUGAGCGGUACUUAUUAUGAAGUGAGCUUAUUUGGAUUACAAAUUCUUCCAAAACAGAUGGCUUUUGCUAGGUUGUUAAGAGACGAAAAUAUUUCUAAUGUGCUUAAAAUAAAGUAUAAAAGUCCAUAUAAAAUAUUUAUACAAUUUAGUGAUAAAAAUCAAGCCGAAAAAUUUAUGAAUUUGAAAAAACUAACAGAGUUGGAUAUAAGAGCUCAGUUUACAAAUCAAGGUAAUUUGUCUUACGGGAUUAUUAAGGGAGUUGACGUAGGUACAAGCGAAAAGGAGUUGCUAGAAAAUUUGAAGUGUGACUAUGAUAUAAUUUCAGCUAGACGAUUGAAACGUGUAAAUAAGGAGGGUAAGUGGGUUGAAAGCGAAACUGUGAGAUUAUGCUUUAAAAACCCCUUUGCGCCGUUAUCGAUAUAUGCAUAUGGAUUUAAAUUUGACGUCGAACGAUUUGAGUUUCCGGUGUCAAGAUGCUCUGGGUGCUGGUCUUUUGGACACAUUAAGAGAUUUUGUAAGUUAAAUAAGAAUAUUUGCCCGAAAUGUGGUGGAGCUCAUGAUAAUUGUGAAAUCAAAGAAUAUAAAUGUAUUAAUUGUAAAGGUCCGCACAUGGCUCUAGACAAGUCUUGCCCCUUUUUUAGAAAAGAAAAAAAGAUUCGAUUUAUAAUGAGUGAGAAUAAUGUUACGUACAAAACAGCGCUAGAGAUAUAUUUGAAAAAUCAAAAAGAAGAGAAGGCAAACAAUUCGAGAGAGGAAGUUGAUAUAGAUCUUGACAGAAGCAAUACAGUUCCGGUAUCAGAGAGUACAACGGCUAGAAGUUACAGUAGCGUGCUGAAAACGACAGCUAUAGUACAUGGAAAGGAAAAGAAGGAUGAGCAAUCAGAUAAUAUAAUAAUAAAUGAAAACCAAAAUAAGGACAAAAAGAAAAAGAGAGUUAAGAAAACUGAUAACAUGAAUAAUAGUGAAUCUCAGAACGAGAGAAUGGAUUAUGAUGGAAGUCAGGAAAGUGAUCAAGAUACACAAGAUGAAUCUACAGAAAAAGCGAGGACAAGAAAACGAAAUAGAUUUGAUUUUUGGAAGCUGUUUAAUAGAAUUAAGGAGAUUGUAUUAUCUGAAGAAAAUUGGUGUGAUAAAGUGAUGUUAGUGGUAAGAGCUGUUUUUGAAGAGUGUAAGUUGUUUUUAGUUAAUUUUUUGAGUGAAGGAAAAUUGUAUGACGUUUUGUCAAAGUUUCUUUUUAAUGGCUAA